CAGUAGGGCCAGAGGGACAGGGCGCACCAGGAGACUCACACACACUUGAACAUCCAGCCUCUGAACUGAACCGGGCCAGGUCGGCUUCGUCUGAUACAGCCUCUCCUCAAGAUCCAACAGAAAUCAACUACACACAAUACAGGAGAGGUGGAGGCCAUGGCUGGUGGGAGGAGAGCAUCGUUCUCUGGUGUGCUCACUGUUGCUCUGCUAGCCACCAUACUGCUGCCUGAAUUCCUGUCGGCAGGGCCGGUGGUUCAGAUGCUCAAAGGAGAUGUAGGGGAUGCCACUGAGGAGACAGCGGUUGCCAUGGCGUCACCAAGGAGGCUUGUCCGUAACCGUAGAAACAUCAGCUGGUACAAGCAACACUCAGACUUCUGGAGCUGGUACAAAUACUUCACGGACAAUGGAAACACGGAGGCAGUCCAGGAGCUGGACAAGGUCUACCUAGCCUACCUCCAGAAUAAGAACCGAGCUGAGGGCCGUCGCUCCUACAAGGCCUACCUGGGUCACCUAGGGGACAUCUACAAGGCCUGCGCCGACUCAGAGGACCCAAACUGUGUGGCCUCUGCAACCAACCGGCCCAAACCUGAACCCAAGGCCCCUCCCAAGCCCGUCCCCGCCCCUGUCAAGGCCUGUGACCCCUACAGGGACCCGUAUUGUCUCUAUGCCGCUCUGGCACGAGCCAAGAGCCAGCCCCCACCUUCCCCCGCCCCGGUCAAGGCCCCAGCCCCCCUGUAUGCACGCUCCCCUGUGGCCAUUAAAGACCCUCAUUCUGGGUACUACUACUACUCCCCUGCCGUGCAGUCCUUCCUCUCCAAGGAGCAGAAGUCGGAGCUGCUGCGUAUCUGUUCAGCGGAGGAUGUGGAGUGUCUCCAGUUCCACCUGAGAGCUGCUUUCGGCCACAAGUCCUCCGCUGGGCCGCUGCCCUCCUACGCCCACCUGGGCUGUGACCCGAAAGACCCCGCUUGUAAACCCCAGCUGGUCCAGAAAGGCCCCUCCGGCCUCUUCCUCCGUUACCCCAACUGUGACCCCAGAGACCCUCGCUGCGCCUACGCUGCAUCACUACAGGCACCCCGUGCCCCCGCCCCCUAUGCCCCGGCGGGUCCUGGUUCCUGCAACCCUCUGUUUGAGGACGGCUGUAACCCUCUCACCGCCACAAAGUUUGCCACGGCACCGGAGAAGUUCAAGGAGGAACACAAAGACGAUCCCGCCGCAAUGCGCGCCGCGGCCCCAGCCCCUGAGCAAAGCAGUGACCCAUUCACUAUGUACAGGGAUGCUUAUGCUAAUGCUAAUGCUAACCGCCAAGCCAAUGCUCCCAGCGCUCCAGCUAGCGACCCAUAUGCCAUGUACCGCCAAGCUAUUGCUAACGCUCAAGCUAACGACCCAAACAGCAUGUACAAACAAGCUAAUGCUAACGCUAAUACUAAUGAUCCCUUUGCAAUGUUUCGUGAAGCCGCAACCUCCAUGCACAGACGUACCCACCCCUCCCCCCAGGGGCAGGCCCCCGUCCCGCCUCCCCGCUAUGAGGAAGCCCCCCAGGAGGAUCGCCACCCGUUGGGCCCCCGAGGAAAGACCAAGGAGGGCUACGAAUGCUACAUUGGCUAUGACCAGGAGUGCUACCCAAUAACCCGCACAGAGCCGCGUUCUGGUGCCCACCGUAACACCGCCUACCCCGCCGAGCCCUACGAGCCACAUCUCAACGCUGAUGGAUCACGGAACGGAGUCCUGGAGCCUUCCGACCCCGACUGUGACCCAGAGUAUGACACCAACUGCCGCCUGCGCCGUUACCAAACCCAGGAGGAGCUGCUGCCAUACGCCAAUGCCCAGGCUGAACACCAUGGGGGGCCAGAGGCAGAGCACAGCCAGGACCACAGUUACAGCCAGGGAGAGCCAGAGAGAGACAGCGAGGCAGAGUCAGAGCCAUACCAGAGUGGCCACGAGGAGACCUACGGAACUUAUCCCCCUCCCUCGCAGGGGUUGUCGUACGGGUCCUACCCCUCACCCCAGCGGGGAAUGCCCAGCUUCCAAGACAUGCUGAGAGGAUACGGAGACCAGUACCCUGAACAGGACGACCACAGAGCAUACGCUGCUGACUACAGCAAAAAAUAAGUAAACACACACACUGCAUACACAAAGACACACUACAUAUACCAUAAAGACUACAACAAUAAAAACGAACACCAGCUAAAAUGGGAGCAGAUGACACUAUUUAAUACAAAAUAAUAAUAAAAGACUGAUUGAAGUCUGACACACACAUGUCAUGUACGCACGCGCAAACAGGCACGCACACACGCAGUACAGUGCUCUUAGCAGUAGGAGUUUCUCUCCACUAGAUGUUUUUAGAUGUUUUAUCUGGCAGUUUGUUAGCUUUUAUUGAUUGAUUGACAAUAAUUGACAAUUGUUUGAGCCCCUCCUUAUUUAAUAAAUUCUCGCAGCUCCGCUUUGCUUCUGUAUCUACAAACCUCACAUGCUUUUUGUGUUUGUUUUGUUCAUGAUGUAUUAUGUAAAGUUUUUUCCCCCCUAUGAAUAUUUUAAAUAAAAGCUUUGAAA